AUGGGGGACCAUAUCGAGAACAAGGGCACGCGCCCUAGUGCGAUCGUUGUCGGUGCUGGUGCCGGAGGUGUCGCGACUGCAGCGCGACUUGCAGCAUCAGGCUACAAGGUUACUGUAGUCGAGAAGAACGACUUCUCUGGCGGGAGAUGCAGUUUGAUACAUCGCAACGGAUAUAGGUUCGAUCAAGGCCCGAGCUUGUUGCUGCUUCCUCGAUUCUUCCAUGAGACAUUCGAGGAUCUUGGGACCUCACUCGAUGCCGAGGGCGUCAAGCUGGUCAAGUGUGAACCGAAUUACAACGUUCAUUUCCACGAUGACACUACGUUCAAGCUCUCAACCGACAUCUCCAUCAUGAAGGGUGAAAUCGAGCGUUUUGAAGGAAAAGACGGCUUCGAGCGAUACCUUGGUUUCCUGCAAGAAUCGCAUCGCCACUAUGAAGUUUCCAUCAUCCAUGUGCUGAAGAAGAAUUUCUACUCGUUACUGAGCAUGGUUCGCUUCGAUUUCUUGUUGCAUCUCUUCGAGCUACAUCCGUUCGAGAGUAUCUACUACCGAGCGAGCAAGUACUUCUGGACAGAGAGGUUGCGAAGAGUCUUCACAUUUGCAAGCAUGUAUAUGGGUAUGAGUCCAUUUGAUGCCCCGGGAACCUACAGUCUGUUGCAAUACACGGAGUUGGCUGAGGGUAUUUGGUAUCCCAUUGGCGGGUUCCACAAAGUGGUGGAAUCUCUUGUCAACGUCGGUGAGCGCUUGGGCGUUGAGUUUAGGUUCGAUAGUCCGAUCCGCAACAUACAGCUUUCAGAUGAUGGGAAGCGUGCCACAGGCGUUGUCUUUGAGGACAACACCAAGGAACCGCUAACCGCCGAUGUUGUUGUUUGCAACGCAGAUCUGGCAUAUGCAUACAAUCAACUUCUUCCCUCUUCCUCAUUCGGGCGAUCCCUCUUGAAAAAAGAGGCUUCUUGCUCCAGCAUAUCCUUCUACUGGGCACUGGACCGACAAUUUCCUGAACUAAGCGCCCACAACAUCUUUCUCGCCGAAGACUACAAGGAAAGUUUUGAUAGCAUCUUCAAGAAGCACCUGAUACCAGAUCAACCCAGCUUUUACGUCAAUGUCCCGUCCCGCGUCGACCCUUCUGCGGCGCCAGAGGGGUGUGAUUCUAUCGUCAUCUUGGUACCGGUUGGGCACUUGGAAGUCGAUUCGACGAACUCGCACAAGGGCUCCAAGCACACGAAAGGCCUGACUCAAGAUUGGGACUCUAUGGUAGCAUCAGCGCGCGAAACUGUCAUCAAAACCAUGGAAGCACGACUCAACAUUUCACUUGGUCCCCACAUCAUUGAAGAAACCAUCAAUACGCCGCCUAGAUGGAAGUCCUCAUUCAACCUCGACCGUGGCGCUAUCUUGGGACUGAGCCACUCCUUCUUUAACGUGCUCAGUUUCAGGCCGAAGACCAAGCAUCGCAGCAUCGAAGAUCUGUACUUUGUCGGUGCAAGCACUCACCCAGGUACUGGAGUUCCUAUUGUGCUCGCUGGUGCCAAACUGGUUACUGAACAAAUACUCUACGACCGGCAGCAAGAGAGUCGCAUUCCGUGGCGCCCACUAGGCACCAAAGAAACCAAGGCGUCGCCAGGUCCUCUGGAUCGGACACAAAACGGACCAUAUCUCAGUUGGCUCGUUUGGAUACUGUUGAGCAUCUUCCUCGUGUUUACGACUGUACCUGGUGCUUUGUACUAUCAAAAUCAAAAGGCUGGCAACGGGUUGAUGGGCGAUUGGUAA